UAAUUUAAGCUGGAUCAAAUAUCGAAAGCUAUAUUUCGCAUAGUGCAAUACCAUUGGUAGACCUUUUCUUUACCCAAAAUGGAGCCCCUGUACCACCUUGCCAACGAAUCCGUAUCGGACUUCGACCGUAUUUGCUCUGUGCUUGGAUAUGAGUCGCUAUCGGCAAAAGAAUUCCUAGAUAUCCUCCAGAGUUGCGGCUUCUUGAAGGACGCCCAAAAUUUUGAGAAUCUAUUCGACCGUCUCGUCUCGAUGUGCCGUGAAGCAGAGGCCGUGGCAAAGGAAAAUGGGAGCUUGAUCGCUAGUGAGGUAAGUGAGAAUGGAACUUCAUGCAGCUUUGAUUGGAGAUUGACGUGUCAAAAUCUUAUUUCUGCACCUAGUCAUUGCACAACGCACUGCGACACCGUAACGCUCGUUUCCUCCACGAAUUUGCUUUGCCUAACUACUUGCGCUUCUCCUUCAUUUGUCUUUGCAACAGGCCCUCGUGUACGAUCGCCUGGACUCAAACGCUCUUCGGAAUCUGUACAAAUAUCAUCCUUCAUAUACUAGCUGCAAAGACCAGAUCGAGACAGCCCGCGCCCUUACGGGAUUCCUAAAAGAACUCUUCGAGAUAUCGACCAUAGAACAGCUGGAGGAUGAUUUUUCCACCGAUGGUCUGUCUCUGAGCCGACACGGCACGAGGCAAUUUGUAAAACGCUUGUCUUUGUGUUCCAAGAAUUCCAGUCGCGACAAUACCGAAAGGAGCACCAGCAGUAGCACCCCGGAUAUCGUGCCCGUCAUGGAUUCCGAUUCGUCUUCGUCUGAAUACGACUCAGAGGAGGACACGAUGCUGGACGAAUCUGUCCAUAAGCUCAUUGCGCAGUCACAGCAUUUGGAAGCGGAUGGGCUCGACCUCGAGACUCUCGCCGCCACGCUCCUCCGCUACAACAAGGGCACCGCCACCGAUUGUGUUGAUCACAAGACACUCUUCAGCGGCAAGCUAGCCGAGAGAAUCUUCGAUCCGCUUCACACCACCCCGAACGAGUUCGUGUCUGCUCUGGACGCCGCUGUUUUGGGUCACGACGCCCUGCACCAUCACGUCCUAGAUUCCUUCUCGGUGGGAUCCUUCGGGUGCGGAUUCAAAGGCAACGUCUCCCGCCUUGCCGACUUCAUGCAGGCCUACCGCCACUUCACUUCAACCUUUUGCACCCAUCUGGAAGCCACGAUCGAAAUGGUUGGAGAAGCAGAUCCCACUGGAAAACAUCGGAAGACGCUCGAAGAGAAUGUGGAGGAGGAGCAGGGUAGGUCAAUCAAAACUUCAGACAUCAGUGCCUCACCCCAUUUAUCCUAUGCUCACAGCAGCGAUGUUUUGUCUCUUCUGUUUUCUUGCUUUCCCGUGUAUAGGCAUCUAUGGCGAGGAAGAUAUAGCUAUGAUCGAAUUACUCGGCCUCGAUGCCGAUCGCCUUCGGAACGUUCCCCAUCAAGAGCUUUACGUCAGAUGCUAUGAAGGGCUUCGGAGAAUUAGCGGCAGCAACACGAGCUUCACCGAAGAGCAGUGCGGGUUUAUCGCUGAACCCUUAGUGAACGCUUUUGCGGCCGCGUGUGAUCCAUCCUUGGGAGCGACCGCCGCGACGGCCAUUGCUUCCAUGUACCUCGGUUCUGAACUCAUUGUGAGCAAAAUGUACGGAAAAUUGUCCAACUACGUGACCGCUAUCGCGAAAGAAGACAAUGAGGAGAGCCCACUCAUUACCGAGGAUGACCUGGCCUUUUUCCUCCUCCAUAUUGACAUGGACGUCGAUCACGCGGACAAAAUGAGAGCCAUUGUUGUGGACCUGGCUUCGGACGAGGCAACCCGCCUUCGAAUCACGGCUGCAGUCCAUGCCAUUCUCGAGGCGCGGAAAAUCGUUUGGGAUCGCUUCCUGGAAACCGUCGUCCCCCCCACCGGGCAUGGGGGAGAGGACAGUGCCAAGCUGUACAACAAACAGAGCAAGAACUGGGUGCGCAACGGUGCCACCUGCCUGUCGGACUUUACGGGUCGACCCAUCGUUUUUGAGGCGUGUGCUCCGUGGGUGAUCGGGGCCCAUGUAUUGGACGUGGGAUGCGGAGAGGGAUACGGAGCCCGGAGGCUGGUGGCUAUGGGCGCAAAGUCGGUCCUAGGGUUGGACAUUAGUGGGGAAAUGAUCGAGCGGGCCAAGGCCAACCCACAAAAGUCCGACAAGGAAACCUAUGAGGCCUGUGACGCCGAGAAAGUCGUCGAGACCUUGUUCAAGGACAAGCCAGCCAGCCUGGGAUUGGUUCCGGGCCGCAUGCUUCAACAGGGAUGUUUUGAUCUGGCGACGGCCAUAUUUCUCUUCAACUGUGAGUUAGUCGCAUCAGCGUUGCCGGUUGCUAUUUUUUCUGUCCUUUCGGAUCGCCUUUGCCUCACACUCUUCUUUUCAUGAAUCCUUCUAGAUACAUCCAUUGGCAAGAUGAAGAACAUUUGCGAACAGGUUUAUACGACGCUCAAACCAGGUGGCCACUUCGUCUUUUCCGUCCCCCAUCCGUUUAUGCUCCACGCCCACGGUAGCAGCAGCAGCAGCAAGACCAAAGCGAACGGCGAGAACGAGCCUUCCACCUUUUCUUUUUCCAGUGGCGAGGCCUCUUCGGGCGCCUACUUUUCUCUUCGAGAUCGCCGCUUCGCCGGCGUGAUUCGAACCCUGGACGGGAAAAACCUCAACGUGAAAAUGUUUUUCAAGGCCAUUAGCGACUAUACCGAAACCCUCAAGGCCGUCGGGUUUGACAUCCAGGACAUGAAGGAGUGCCGCGUCUUGCAGGAGCACGUGGGAGAGCACCCGGAAUUCUUUGAAUCCGUCAAGGACUCGCCCCUGCACAUUGUCUUUGACGUUGUCAAACCGGCCACUGUCAACUCCGGGAAGAUCCCGAAAGCCUUAAAAUGGUCGGCACUGGAAAAGGCCAACGCCGACAAAAUCCUAGUGGCGAACCUUCCCGCGCCCGUGUUUGCCGAGCUCAGAGAGUUCACGGCCAGCACCUAUUCCGAGGGAAUCACCCACGAGACCUUUGCCCCGACCGCCCGGGACGCCGAGAAAUUGCAAACCGUAGCGGCAUUUGCCAGAGAGCUUCGGGACAAGCUCUCGAAAGGAUCCGGCGCCGUCCGCGUCACCGGGCUGGACCUCGGUGCACUGGGAGGCAAGACCGACCAGGACACAGAGGGCAUGGCCAAGCUGGCCUAUUUUGUCCUUUCCUCGCUGAUCGGCAGGGUCGACGGGGGCAGCCGCGGAAAGCUGUUCGACGUCCGCGACAAAGGCCUGGACACCUCCCAGGACAACGUGUUGUUCAGCGUCAGCUCCAAGGCCGCAACCCACCACACGGACGGGGCGUCCGCCGACAAGGCCCACGACGCCGUCGGGCUCAUGUGCCUGGUGCCUUCGUUCCGAGGGGGAACCCUCCACCUUAGCUCCGCAACGAACGCCCUGGAGGUCCUGAAGCAGAGGCUUCCAAAGUUUUUGCUCCACGAGUUAUUGCGGCCGCUGCCGCGGGACGUUCUCGAAUCCGGGGGGGGAACCGGCGUCCACUCCACGGAUCACCUGCUGCAGCUCUCGCGAAAUCCCCAGCUCCUGGCCCACCGCAUCCGCCACAACGCCUAUCCCGUCUUCGAGCAAGACGAAGGGGCGUCCAGGCUGCGCUUCCGCUACAUGCGGCAGUGGAUCGAAUCGGGCCACCAAAAAGCCGGGCUGGGCAGCGACCUGCCACCACUGCUGGAAACCGCCCUGGACGCCCUCGACGACGCCCUCCGGGAGGAAACCAUCGCUUCCCUGGACCUGCAACCCGGGGAAAUCAUCUACUGCAACAACGCCAGCCUGGCGCACGCCCGGGACGCAUUCGUCGACGGCGAUUCCGCCAAGCGCCGGCACAUGGUCCGCGUCUGGAUCAAACUCGGGGCUUCCGACAACUGAUCACAAAUCUUCCUUGUUUCGAUCGGGACGAAGAAAAGCAAGAAGCCGUACCCGUCUCUCGUUUGAAAUAUCCGUUUUAGUUAUAAUAGUAGUGUUCGAAAUAAUAAUACAAAGACCUA